AUGACCAAGGGCGACUACACUAGCCUUCUGCGUUAUCGGAGUCUUUCUGUUGGCAUUUGCCAUCAGCUGAGACUCCAUCAGAGCCAGAAACGCUUCUCGGCGAACCCCCUCUUGGCCGAGACCCGCAAGAAGGUGUUCUGGUGUCAAUACGUGCUCGACCGUUUCACUGCCGCCUUGACCGGUUUGCCCGUCGUUCUACGCGAGGGCGACAUCCGCACUGAGUACCCCGAGGACAUCGAUGACGAGAAUGUCACGGAAACGGGCUUUUUGCCGACACUGCCCGGAGAGUCGACCCGUGUGUCCGGUGCCAUUGCCCUGUUCGCUGCCUCGAGGGUAUUGAACAAAGCCUUGGAAGAUAUGUAUCCGUCUGAUGGUGGCUACGACAUCCCCGUGUCCAAAAUGCGUUCGGUUGCUGGCCAACUGGAUCAGUGGGUUCAGGCGUUGCCCGCUCACCUUCGCCUAGAAUUCUCUCAGGAUAAACCUAGCACGAAUGUGACGAGUAGCCGCUCGCCGCUUCUGGUACGUACUGGCCCGCUCACACAUUUGUAA